GAGUGAGAGUCCGAGGUGAUGUAAGUAUAAAACCUCUGGCUGGCCGAGGGAAAACCAUCAUUCACCAGUGCUCAUCUCUCCGGUUCAGUACCGCCAAUUCGUGUUAACUUGUGUACACUGUGUGGGCAAUUUUGAAGUGAGGUUAUCAUGAAGGCGUUUAUUGUGUUGUCCAUCACUCUGGCAAUUGCCGCUAGUUCCGCAGUCGACAGCUCGAAAAAGGACAAGCGUAGUUUUUUGGAACAUCAUGAACCGUUUGUCUUUCCAGAGCACGUGCCAGAAGUGAAACAUGUGACAAUUGAGAAGCAUGUCCCCUACGAGGUGAAGGUCCCCUAUCCGGUUGAAGUAGAAAAGAAAGUUCCAGUUGUCGUGGAGAAAAAUGUACCGGUCUACAUCGAGAAGAAGGUUCCCGUACAUAUUGACCGGCCAGUGCCUUAUCCCGUCGAAGUGAAGGUCCCCGUGAUCCAAAAAGAGUAUGUCGAAGUGCCCAAACCAUACGCAGUGCAUGUUGAAAAACAUGUCCCAGUGUACAUCAGCAAACCAGUGUACGUUGAAAAGGCCGUCCCUAUCACGGUUCACAUUAAGCAGCACAAGAAGAGCUUUUGGGGUUAAAUUUAUCCAAUCGUUCAAGAGGGUUGGUUAGUACAAUCGAUUCCAAAAUAGACUGAAUAAAUUCAUUUUUGUUACCAA